GUGGUGGAUGGGAGAGACAGGCCGUCCUUUGUUAGUCCAGGCCUGACCUCUACUGCGGCCAUAUCGACGCUUGAAGAACGAAGGAUCCGCAGAGGAGAGCUUCGACUGCAGUGCAUUUUGAACAGUAUUUCAUAUAAGUGUCUGGGGGGAGGUGAGGGCAAAAGCUGUUCUGGCGCAGGCCCGGAUAUUCGUGCCGUAUUCACGUGUCAUCACCAGUGAUUCAAGCUCCGCCACUUCAUCGUCCAGGCCUGUUUCGAUCUCCCUCCAGCAACGCUGCUUGCGAGUACUAAUGCCAAUGCAAUUCUCUUCUCACACUAUCGAGUGUCCCCAGAGCUCCAUUGACCCCAAUGGCAUCAAGCUGAAAAUGUGUGCCAAGCGCUACACAGCCGGCGGAAAUGGGACGGCGGACGCGGGCAGCGACGGAUUGACACUGCUGUUUGCGCACUGCAUUGGAGCUCACAAGGAGAUAUGGGAAUCCGUCAUCGAGCGACUUUUCAGCCUGUCCGGGGGGCGAGUCGCCGAGGCUUGGUCCUUUGAUUGGCAGACGCACGGGGAUUCGGCGGUAGUGAAUCGCGAGACGUUUGAAAGAAGCCCUGGGAGAGCACAUACUGGAGUGACUGCGGCGGAAUGGGCUGCCGGUGUGUCCGCCUUUAUAGACGGACCGUUAGCAAAAGGCAAACGAUUGGUCGGAAUCGGUCACUCUGCCGGUGGUGGUGCAAUGGUCCUGACGAAUGUGAACCGACCUCUCCGUUCACUCCCCUUCGUCAGCCUCAUCCUCAUCGAACCGAGCAUCAUCCCGCGGGAGCUGUUCUAUCAAGAGAUUGAGGAACGGGUCUCGACCAUGGAAUUUGUUGUCACUGCGACCGAGUCGAGGCGAGAGCGGUGGCGGUCUGCGGAAGCGGCGUACACCUGGAUGCGGAAGCGGGUGCCAUGGGAAAGCUGGGACGAGAGGGUUCUCCGGAAACUGACGGAACAUGGCCUUGAAGGGCCGUCUGACGGUGGGGUGACCACGAAGCUCGAUCGGAAGCUGGAGGCGCUUGGGUAUACCGACGUUGAGUCGCACUUCCUCGCGCCGGUAGAGCUGGGCAGGAUAUGCGAUUCAGUGCCUGUGCACUUCGUGUGGGGCAGUGAAUGUUUGGUUCCUGAAUUUGUACAACGCGCGUUGACCGACGGAACAGAAGGACGGAAAGCUACGUCAGUCUCUACCGUUGAUGGGGGGCACCUGAUCGUGCAGGAGAAUCCAGAUGGCACCGCUGACGCUAUAUGGAAGAUAUUAUCUACUUCGACUUUGCCUCCGACCCCACUGGGCAAACUUUGACUUUAUCUCCACAUUCAUUGUACCUGUCACAGAUACCUAUUGUCGCACACAUCCAGGAACCUCUCCGUAAAUCUAUUGUGUGGUGACGCGGUCAAUGGUCUCGAUCACCGAUCGCGCCAUUCAAAACGGCGAUCAUGCGCACACGUGACCGCGACACAUUCUCUCCUUUCCUUCUUACCACAUUUCUCGGCCUCCACAUUCGCUUGGUAUUCUAUUGUAUCUUAUUCCCCCAUAUCUCGGAUGGCGGACCCGGAUUUCAAUUCAAGGCACGAUUGCGAAGAGCCGGGCUUGGGCGAGUCGUGGGUUAUCCUUAACCGUGACGAGUGUUUUCUGGAGGCGGCCACCAUUGGGGAACCAAGCGUGCAAGGCGGGGCAAAUCUGAUUUCGUUCGACUCUGGCGAUAUGGCCUUCCUCGCCGCGUCGGGCGAGAGGAAGCAGACGCAGGCCACGACGAUCCCACGCUCGGACCCGGCCUCCGGCGCGCGCCACAUCACGCUGCUCGACCUAUCCCCGGCAGACGACCUCGCCCCGCCCGCCGACGCCGCUGCCGGGGUCCGCUCGAAGCCGCCGAGCGAGAACCCGAACGUGUACAUCAACGGGCUGCCGCCGUACUUCCGCGACGAACAGCUCAUGGCGAUGGUGCGCAAUUUCGGGGAGGUGGUCAGCGUCAAGUGCUUCACGCGUCAGACCGCGCGGGCGUCGGGGUACGGAUUUGUGUUAUUCAAGACUAUGGAGGCGGCGGAGAAGUGUAUUGAGACGCUGAAGAAGUGCGACUUGCAUCCGUCGCUCUCCAAGGCGCGUUAUUCGUGCUCCGGUUGCUCGAAUCUGACAGACCUCCACAUGAAUAGCUUCACGUCGAGUGGGAGCGGGUCGUGCAAAAGCCUGAAGGACAAGCUCGCGGAGUUGGAGGAUCGCUCGAGUGCGAAUGUGUACAUUGAAGGUAUUCCGCUUGGCUCAGACAAAACCACUCUUUUGGAGCUUGUCUAUCCCUACGCGAUCCGAAGCUCUCGGUUCAUCACCAGCAAGGUCCCGAAUUCGAAGACGUUGAUCGCAUUUAUGAGGAUGGAAUCCAGAGAUGCGGCAGAGAGCAUCAUCAACCGCUUGAACGGCAAGAAAGUGCGCUCGUGGGACGGGAUCGAGAGUCGUAUCUUCCUGCGCAUUGCGGAUACGCUUGAUCAGCGAGAGCUCAGGAGAAACGAAUCUACGAUUCGCGACGAUUCAGGUCACCCACUGACGAUCGCCCACGCAACGCUGUUGAAUUAUCAUGCUCUCGAGUCGAUUGCUCCCCCUACGCUGGCAGCACCAAACAGGACUCUCGUAACUCCGCCUCCCCUUUCUUCGAACUUCCAUACGAAUACCAUCUACACGACGACCCCGGCUCCUCCCGGCACGAUCGAUAUCCAUGAGCUUCUCGCUUCCCGACGAGGACAGCUGAUAAGCGGCAACGACCGACGCGUUGACCCGACUGCCUUCUACGCGCCGUAUAACAUGAACACCUGCACCGCCAAUCCUCCGGCGCACUCGGCUGCAGAUAUGGUUUCUCUGUCAACUUUCAUGGCCGUGAUGAAGUCGCAACGGGACAUUCUACCGCAAUUCCCACCGCAACCACCGCUUCUGCCUAUCGGACGUAAUGUCAUGCGUCCCAGACGCUCGUCCGUCGCACAGACGCCGGCGUCCAGUUUUGAUUCACCGGUGUCCCGUGUUCUGAGUGGGAACGUACCGCUCGGAGUUAGGGCCGGCCAGUCCGGUCCCCACCAAUACAAGCCUGCUUCUGGUUCGUCGUUCCAGUCGCGGACGGGCACACCGACGCCCCGGGACUCGCUGGAUUACUGUCGUGACGAGAGUCCGCCGGCGUUCAGUCCGCACUCGGCUGUGCAUGCUCGAUGUCGGACUGUCCCGAGUAACCGGCAUUCGGUUACGUCUGUACCGCGCGACUCUUCUUCUGCUGCUGCUGCUGCUGGUGGUGGUGGUGGAGGGGUUCAAUUUGGUGUCGAUGGCGGUGUCGAGGGGCAUAAACGGGCGUCGUCGACGUCUGGUCCUGCUUUUGGUAUCGGUGGUGCACCUGUCUUGAACCGCGUCUGGUUGGGACCAAGGGAGGUUCAAGUCGGGAACUUGCCUACUUCUGCUUCCUUCCUUCCACCCCCCCCCCUCCGCUCCCACCCCCCGUCUUAUGUCGGCCGACUCAUGAACACUAGCAUCGAGGAGAUCCAGCCCGAGUUGAAUUUAGCUUACAAUUUGAACGCCGCCGCAUUCGCGAUCCUCUUCUACGACUACUUCCUCACGCUCGGAUGGGAGAUCUCGCGGUACUGGGGCUCGACGGUGACGUGGCCGACGGCGCUCUUCUUCGCGAAUCGCUACGGGACGCUGCUGGGCAACGUCCCCGUCGUGAUACAGUACUUCUGGAGCACCCCGGGGUCGCCCGCGAAGGAUGUGGUGAGUCCCGCGGGUCGUUGUGUGUGGGGGCCUGAGCUGAGCGGAGGCGGGUGGUGUCGUGCGUUGCAGAUAUGUCGCGGGAUCGAGUCGUACCACCAGUUCUUCUUCAUCAUCACGCAAGUCAUGACCGCAGUGAUGCUCAUCCUGCGGACGUAUGCGCUCUAUGAGAGGAACAAGCGCGUGCUCAUCUUCAUGAUGAUGGUCACUGCGGGUGCGAUUGUCGUGGGCAUGUGGGCCGUGAUCGCCGGAAAAGCAGGCCGAACAGAGGAGAACCUCCAGUUGUAUUUCGGCUGCAAUUACGGGCUGACCAAAUCAGAUGCGACGAGCCAGGCGGCAUCGUGGGCAGCGGUGGCGCUCUUCGAUUGCAUGAUCUUCACGCUGACGCUGUACCGGGUGCUUUCCCGGCGGACGACCACGACGGAUCUGUUUUCCGUUUUACUCAGGGACGGGUCGAUCUACUUUGGAGUGAUUGUGAUUUCGAACGUUUCUAAUAUCUUGACGUUCACUCUUGGAACUCCGUAUACGCGAGGAAUCGCGACAACAUUUACGAACAUCCUAUCUUCCGUUCUCAUAUCCCGUCUGAUGCUCAAUUUGCGAGACCCGAAGCUGUCUUAUAUGUCGGGCCGAUUCGAGCAGAGCACAACGCUGACGUAUGGCGGCCCCAUCAGAUUUGCGGACUCGACAUCGCCGUCGGGCGCUCAGCCCUUGGAUACCGAGUUUGCGAUGGAUAUCGAAAUGCUAAACACCACGUCAAACGCGGGGACCAGCAACCAAACGCCGGGUAUGGCGUGAAAAAAGCUUGUCUGUCAGGAAAUCUCAUGUAGCCAUGUCCAGUAGUACCCAAUGUAUCCAAUCCAAACCGAAUCGUUAAUGCGUCGUGA